AUGGAUCCAGAUGGUGGUUUUAGUGAUCCAUACAUCAAAGUAAGCAUAGAACCAAUUGUCGACGAAAGAACGCGCCAGUCGUCUGUGAAGCGCAAGACGGCCAACCCGUUUUAUAAUGAGUAUUUCAAAUUUCCUGCAACAUAUGACGUCAUCAAAGAAUCUUCACUGGUAUUUCUUGCAUAUGAUUAUGACAAGUUUUCCCGCCAUAAAUUGAUAGGUGAAGUUCGGAUAGAUCUGUCGAAGGUGGAGACAAGCAACAGUGUGGAGAUGUGGUGUGAUAUACAGAAACAAAACACAGCUGUACCCGUCGAGAAACUUCACCUCCUUCCGGUUUAA